CUUCCAAGGGAGAGGAUUUUUUCAAUAUUCCUUUGGCAUCAUCCCAUACCGCAAACCCAUCAAUGUUGUCAGGCUCCCCAUUGGAUGUGGAGAAGAAGGAGAACCCCAGUAAAGAAGACAUUGAUGCCCUGCACGAGAGAUAUAUUGAUGCUCUUCUAAAUCACUUCAACAAAUAUUGCUCUGAAUAUGCCUCAGAUCCAAAAAAGAAGCUUGUCAUUGUCUAACUGUGUUCUUUAUGCCUUACCAAAGAAAGCUGGCAAUUAUGUAAUUAUAAUUAUGCAUUAAGUGGAUAUUUACUGCACAGCCAUAUCUUUCAAUCCAGUGUCUAGAACUAUGAGGGAGCAGAAACCAUUUGUUAUCUCUUGUAUGGCAUUUGUUAUUGUUACUAAAAUGCAAUGGGACAUUGUCUGAUGUUUCUGUAUAUUUUUUUAAGUUAAAAAUAAAAGUCUGAAUACAGAUCAAUGUUAAAUGCUCUUUUGAUGUUUAUCUAUUCCAGGGGAACAUGGUGUGCCAAGAUCAGGGCUCUUUUCAUAACUUUAUGCAUGCAUUUUGCAUUGAUAUUAAAUAUAGUAAAAGCUGGGACCAGAAUA